AUGGUGAUCGUCAAUGGACAACGAAGCCCUAUCAGCUUCACUACAACCAUGUUAUCACUAUCAAUGAUGAUGAUGAUGAUGAUGACGACUAUGGUGAAAGAGUGUGAUGGGUGGAUGACGCCAUGCAACGGCAGCACCACGGUGGAGUGCAUCCAUGUUGUUGAGUUCGACGAAGAGGUAGAAUUUCAGAUGGAUACAGAAGUACAUAGGUGGAUUCUGGGGCAGACAAACUCAGGAGAGCCGCAUAUCAGUGGUGGAAGUAUGAAGCCAGAUAAAGCGGUUGGCGGCACCGGAUCAACGAGUAACGAUGUCGGUCAUCGAUGCAAAAAAAACACCAAGGCUUACUGUGUUGAGUAG